AUAGCUAACGCACGUUACAUUCUAGCACCUGAAGUCGCGACGUACUCGUUCUUACAUAUCGAGCAAUGGGAGUUGAGAUUGAGACAAUUAAACCAGGAAAUGGUAACCGUCCACAGAAAUUCCAGACAGUCGUAGUUCACUACACUGGCACUCUGCUGGAUGGGACAAAAUUUGAUUCCUCUCGGGACAAAGGUCGUCCAUUUAGCUUUAAGCUUGGAGAAGGAGAAGUGAUUCGAGGCUGGGAUGAAGGUGUUGCUCAGAUGUCUGUAGGACAGCGAGCCAAGCUGACCUGUUCACCUGAUUAUGCAUAUGGUCGAGAUGGUGUUCCUGGUGCUAUUCCUCCUAAUGCGACCUUGGUCUUUGAUGUGGAGCUGCUGGAAGUACGUUAGGAUUAUAUCAUGGUGUUGGUCAGACUUGUGUGCAUUUUGCAGUUUUAGUAUGUACUUUGAUUUUGGGUCAAUUAAUUAAGUGUACUAACAGUGCAAUGUGAUUAGAGUUUGUUGGUGUUUAAACAGGUGAAACUGUUAAGUUA